CUUAUUGAAAGUGUAUAUGUUGCUUUGUUUCUCCUUUUUGCUCCUACAAAGAUGAAGGCUAAAACCAUGGCUAUGGCAGCGAUUUUGGACGUCGGUUUUCCGGUUGCAGCUAUUUUAAUCACUAGAUUAACUCUGCAAGAGGAAGCACAGAUUAAUACUUUAGGAUUUUUGUGUGCUGGCCUGAAUAUCAUUACAUACGGCUCUCCUUUAGCCGCAAUGGGUAGAGUGGUGACAACAAAAAGUGCCGAGUACUUACCCUUUUCCCUCUCAUUCUCCAUUUGCAUAAAUGGAGCCAUCUGGACGAUUUAUGCAAUAUUAGUGCACGAUUAUUUCAUCGGAGUAUCAAAUGGGUCGGGUUUUGUACUGGGAGCAGCACAAUUAGUCCUCUAUUAUAUGUAUCCAUCAAAACAUAAAGUGGGCGCAUUGGAGGAGAAAGGGCAACAUGAACCCCUUAUUCUACCUUCAGAACAAGAAGUUGACUGCAACAAUCAAGUUUAGAAGUAAUAGAAUGUAAUUUGAACAAAUUUUAUAUUAUAUGUGAAUAAUGAUGAUCAUCUCGUUUGAAAAUUUUAAGUUGAUUGACAACGCGUGCUUUUAGUCUUCAA